ACAACUGUUCUCGUCACCUCUUCCCGCCGGCGCGAUCUGCAACCCCCCUCUCUCUCUCUCUCAAUUACAGGAGGUGUACUCUCCCGACUCCAUCGCUGGGAAAGAAAACAAGCCAUUCUGAUUUUUCGAACCUCUCUCUCUCUCUCUCUCAAUUACAGGAGCUGUACUCUCCCGACUCCAUCGCUAGGAAAGAAAACAAGCCAUUCUGAUUCGGUUCGAAAAAUGGCCGAACGAGACAAAGAAUGGGAUUUACACUUCAGGACCCUAUCUUCUAUGGCCAGAGAUUCCAAUUUCGCCAGCGAUCCUGCUUCCGAUCCUUCACUGCUCAAUUCGGUGAAGAAGCUUCACGAACUGUGUAAAGCUGAGAAUUCUGAAGAUUUGAUAGCUAGGGUUUAUCCGCAGCUGAACAAGAUUUUCCAGCGCUCAGUGGCUUCAAUUUCUCUGUCUCGAACUUCUAACGGUCUUCUAUUACUGGCUAUACUUCAAUUUUUCCUUGAUUUUGGAGAGGUCGUUUUGCAUGAUGCUGAUCCUAGUCUGAGUACCUUCUUUCGUUCCUGCUUGAGCCGAGAGUUUGCAGAUGCAGUUGUUGCAGAGGCAACACUUGAGUUUCUGAAUCUGAACAAGAGAAAACUUCUCACUUCUUUCCCUACACUACUCCCUCAGUUUUUCCCAUUAAUGCUUAAGCUCAUUGCAUGGAAUGGAGAGAAAUUAGAAAAAUUAUUCCUGACGGUGUUUCCAUCGUUGAUGUCGCCUGGGUCAUUUCUUCCGCUAUUCCCAUCUCUCAUUGACUUACCAAUAUUGGUAGUGGCAUUGGAAAAGGUUGAACGGAACUCAGGAUCACUGAUUGGCAGCAGCAUAGCUUCACUCCAGAAGAGUGCGGCUCCUGAGAUGCUGCUUGCACUCAUGGAUGAAGCAUACACUGGAUCAACCAUAGGGGAUGAAGGACCAGACUUUGAAUCUGAAGAUAGCAAUACGAUGGCUGUAGCUGAUCCAUUGUUUCUUGAGCUCCUUAAAGAUGAGAAUGAUGGCCUUGCUGAACGCCAUUCGACUUCCCCGGCGAUGGCUGUGGCUCUGCAGGUCGCUGUUAGCACCCCCCACUCUGAUAGGCUGAAGCAAACCCUCAGGAUGACUCCCAGACUUCUUGAUGUGUAUUUCUCUAUAGCAGUGUGUGAUGACAAUAAUUCUUUAAUAUGUGCAUUGAUACCCCUACUUAUGGCUAGAAAUUCGAAUCUAUUUCCAGACAAAAUUUUCUCGUAUGAGGUUCAAAAGAGGCUCUUAGAAUUCAUGCUUGCUGCAUUCCAACAAUCUCCUGAUUUUGUCGCACUUCUCAAGAAACCGAUAAUAGACAGACUUGGAGAAGCUUAUGACGGCCCUGCAAAGACAGAGUUGGCAUUACAAUUGUGUUGGGCCAUUGGAGAGCAUGGAGGGGGUGGUGAAUCUCACAAAGAUGCAGCUCGUGAACUUUUUGAGAGUUUGGAACUACUUUUGUAUGAAAACCUCUCCUCCAGUCGUUUGGGUCUAAUGGAGUCAACUCUUAGCUCUGGCAGUUCAGCAUCAAGAAAAUCAUUGCAGUCAAGACUUCUUUGUUUUGUUGUCACCGCUAUAGCAAAGCUUGCCACGCAUCACCGUGAUUUACUUCCAAGGGCUCGGGUAUCAUUGGCCAAGGUGGCCCGUUCUCGGAUAUCUGAUGCAAGGGUCUGGAGACGUGCUCGUGAUUAUUUAGGCUUAAUGAAUGAACCUGCAAUAUGCUUGUCAAUCUUGGGUCCUUCACGACCUUCACACGGAUAUAUGCAGAACCCAGGCACGGUCAAUUGGAAUGAGGGGGCCACAAAAAUGGUUGUUGAUAUUCCAUUUUACAUUCUAGGUAAACAAGAAGGUCCUCCCUUCCACGAUUUUUCCUUCUCAGAUAUCCUUCCAAGAAGAUAAUUGAGAUACUCUGGCAGGAAGUAUCGCAUCAUCUCUAUAAUGUACUUCCAUUAUAGUGAGUCCUGGAGAGUUUAUUAAACCACACAUCACAUGAGGAUCUGUUUCGGCUGGGAAUUUGUGUAAAAGAAUCUGCUGAUCUCUUAGUUUGUACAUUGGCGUUGUGAUUCUUUUCUUGCAUGUUUAUUGUAGUACGGUAUGCCCUUUAGGAAGGGGGUUUACUACAAUUACGUAGGUAUACAUAUUUCUAAACAGUAGCUAGUUUUUUGCUGUUAGCCAAAAGAAUACACAUCCGCAUUGCUUAUCCAUGUACAUGUAUGAGGCUAUUGCUCUUGCUUCAAUCCACAAUGCUACCCAACAUUCGCCCGUUUUUUAAAA